UUUAUAGUUCCUCAAAACUGGACUCAUAACUUAUUUUAUUUUUCCUGUUUAGUCUCCAUAAAUAUAUGAGUACUUAUCCCGUUUGGGUUUUUCCCGCCGUGUAUCAAUAAAUCGAGAGGUUCGAUGAAAGGCAUCUCUUGUACGCUCAUUGAAUCAUGUUAUAAUCUAAGUCAUGAUUAUUUAUGAAUAUAAACUAAAUGUGUUUUAAAAUUUGUUAAACGUUGCUGCGUCGCCGGACGAGAAUUCCGCUUUGUAGAUGCGUUGAAAAAAUAAAAAACGCUUAUUCGAGUAAUAUCAACCAAACUAAAGGUCGUGAAGUGAGUUCUGCACAAGUGAAGAUAUUUAAGCCCGUGAAGUCAAGUUAGAUUGUGGGACAACAAACUAGUAUUUAUAAUUACAACUAACAUAGAAACAACUGAUCUGUUUGUAUUUCACUUAGUGUUGUCAAGGUGUACACAUACAUCACAGUUACCUCAUACCACUAAUUUAUGUUCUAAAUACAGUAAGCACAAUGAAGUCGCACAUAGUUGGAGUUUUGGCAUAUUUCUUAAUCUCGGUAGGCUUGGGAAGGUCUCAACAAUUUAGCCUCAGUGACUCAGUAAACGCUUUUGCCAUAGAUCUGUUAGAGGAAACAAUUAAUCUCGCCGGAGACUCAUUAAAUGUUGCCAUAUCACCGUACACAGUAUGGAGCCUGAUGAACAUCUUAGCAGAAGGGUCAAGGAAUAAUACAGCUCGUCAGUUAGAAAACGCCCUAAGAAUACCUCAAGACAAAACGGCUUUGAGGAAAAAUUUCCAAAAUUUCACCAACACGCUACUGACCAAAACCAAUGGAGCUACUUUAGAUAUAGAUACGGCAAUGUUCACCAAUGAAAAUUUUCCUCUAAAAAAUAAUUUCCGUGCUAUAAUAGAUCAGUAUUACAAGGUGGCAGUGAACCAACUAGAUUUUAAAAAUUCUGCUUUAGCUGCAUCUUCAAUCAAUAAGCACGUAGCUCUAGUUACCAGAGAUAGAAUUAAACAAUUAGUCAUUCCGGCGGAUGUUAAGAAUGCCCAAGUCUUUCUAACCAGUGUGUUAUAUUUCAAAGGGCUGUGGAAAAUGCCUUUUAAUACAAGCGCUACCCACAAAGAGACCUUUUAUGAUGAAAAAAAUAACAAAAUUAGUGAAGUUGACAUGAUGUUCCAGAUUGGGGUAUUUCCAUAUUCCAGGAUGGAAGAAAUAAAAGGUCACGUGCUGGACCUGCCUUAUGGGCAGGAUCGUAAAAUGUCCAUGAUAGUGAUUUUACCUUUCAAAGGAGAAAGUAUUACGGGAGUUCUAAAUUACCUGUCAAAGAUGCCAUUUUCUUCUGUCAUUAAGAGUUUGGAAGAUGCAGAAAAAGAAUUUGUAGAUGAAGAUAUUCACGUCUAUUUGCCUAAAUUUAAAAUAUCAUCGGAUUUCGUCCUCAACGGUCCACUGAUUAAGAUUGGAAUAAAAGACGUUUUCAGCAGUGAAGAAGCUGACUUGGUGGGUAUGUUCGAUCACUUCCUCUAUGUGUCAAAAGUAAUACAGAAAGCCGAGAUCGAAGUUAACGAAGAGGGUACAAUAGCUACUGCGGCGUCAGGUGCUGCUUUGCAGAAUAAGUCCCAGCCACCGAAGUUUAGAGCUAACAGACCAUUCUUGUAUUUCAUAGUGGACAGGUCAACAAGAAGUGUAAUGUUCGCAGGGAAAGUGACCAAUCCAAAUAUAACCCAGUAAAGAAGUGACACAUAUUUAUUCUUAAUCGUGUAAUGAAUAUAUCCGUGUACAUUUAUAAAUACAUACUAGCGACUUGACGUUCUGAUCUGAGCAAUAAACAUGUCUUUUUUGCUGAA